UACCAACGAGCUACUCCAGAUAAUAAUCGGCUAACGUUUUACGUUCCUUAAUUAAUCGUCAAAAACCUUUAUUGAUUAUAUAAUUUAAUUAAAGUUUACAUAGAUUAAAUAUAAUAUUUAACUCUAGGAAAUCAUUUGAUUAAUUAGAUUAUCACUGCAGUAACGGAUCUGGGCAAACAGAGUAAUCAUUUCAGCAACGGAUCUAGGAAAACAAAGCGAGUCUUCUUCUCCGUGUUGUAUCCAGAUAAAUGUAAUCAUUUCAGCAACGGAUCUAGGAAAACAAAGCCUGUCUUCUUCUCCGUGUCGUGUCCAGAACAAUAUCGAAGCAGUAUGAACAUGACAUUUGAUAUAAGCAUAUUGGAGCCUAAAGAAGUUUGCAUUAACUUGAAAUUGCUUAAGCUAUUUCAUUUUUUUCAUCUAUUUGAUCCCAAAAUCAAAACAAUUUGCAAUUUCAAUGUGUAUCAUAUAGCUUUGUACAUCAUAAAUUGCGUCAUUGGUUGUAUUCUAAUGUUCGGAAUGGUGGGUUAUUUUACUGAGGCAGACAAUGAAAUAAAUAUUUUCACUGAUGUACAGUCAAUGUUUUGUUGCUUAGUUUAUUUUCUAUGUUUAGUUAAAAUAAUUACAUUUGUUAACAAAACAAAUAACAUAUGGGAUUUACUCCGCGUUACUUGUAUAAAUUUUUUGUCGAGCACACAGUGUCAAAAAAAUGUAGGGAUUCUUCAUAACUAUCGUGAAAAAUUAAUAAAAACUACAAAUUACAUCACAGUUAUUUUAAUUGUACUUACCAUCCAAUGGUCCUUGUAUCCUCUAGUACUGCUGUGGUUGCAAAGAGAAGACGCAAAACAAUCAAGUCGACGCUUUGAGAAUGUUUUCAACUUUCGGUUCCCCGUGACCAUUAGUUACUAUAAUAAUAAUUUUGCUAUAUUUUAUAUUAUCGAGGAAUCUAUUGGAUUGCUUCUGUUCUACAUGCAUUUAAUGAGUGAAGUCUUCUAUAUUUCUAUCUGCUAUGUUAUGAUUGCUCAAUAUGAGAUGAUUCAAAAAGCUUACAAAAAUGUCAACAGUGAACUGAAUUCCAAAAAUAUAAAUGGAAACAAACACGAUAUUAACGGGAAUGAUUGUUUUGAUGAUUUAGUAUCAAUUAUGAAUGAUCAACAAAAACUUUUCACGAAGUUAAAAUUAUUUUAUUCCACAUAUACAUUUAUAACAUUAUCCAAUGUCGUAUCAUAUUCUGGGUCUAUCAUUAUUUUAACAUAUGCAUCCGUUUUGGUUUUUACGACGUCAGAAGCAAUACCAAUGUUUUAUGUUAUCAAAUUAAUAUCAGCAUUUGGAUACAUGAUUAUUAUUUUACUACUCGUUUGUUAUUUAUUAGAACGCAUUAAUAAUAAAAAGGAAUCCGUUAAUUUUGAGAUGUAUAGUUGUAAUUGGACUACCAUGAAUUUGAGAUCGAAAAAAAUGUUGUUGUUAUCAAUGCAAUUGAAUAAUGCUAAUGAAUUGACGAUUAAAAUAACACCAAGAAGAAUUAUCAACCUACAAUUUUUUAAUAGCGUGAUGAUCACGUGCUAUAACAUUAUCUCAGCCAUGUUGAAUAUAAGCUCUAAGUAAAAAAGUAAAUAAAGAAAUAAUAAGAACAUGUUAACUGUAAUUUUUAUUGAUUUAUUGUUUUAAUUGUGAAUGAUAUAUUUAUAUUCUAUGUUAGUAUGUUAGUUGCAACCUAAACGUAAUUCCGUUCCGCUUAUAAAUUAUAUAAAAUAAGUCAUGAGUUAUUAACUGUAUCGGAACACGUUACACUUGCACUACUCGUCGGACAUGUCGCGCUCUACUUACGGGUUUCACACAUUUAUAUAUUCGUAAUAAAACUAAUAACAGAUAGCGCUAUUCUUUCAAAACAUAAACCACCUACAGCUAUAAAUUAUUUCAAAACUCUUUUAAUUAAAUGAUUUUUAUUGUAACAUUAUAGUUUACGUCAACCAAAUCAUUAAUCAACUAAUCACACAUUCCCAAUUUCAGUCACCAAAUAAAUCAUAUUUAAUAACCCAUUUAUAUUUAACGUAUAUUAAAUAUAGGUAGUGAAUAAUUAGUCAAUUAGAUUUUGUUAUAACAACAUAAACAUUUUUU